UCAACGAGGCUCAAAAUAUUUCACAGAAUGGCUGCAGAUAUUAAAAUACUCUUCUGUAUCGGCCUGGCUGUUGUACUAACAGGUGUGGGGGAAUCUGCCUUAAUUGGGAAGAGCCACAGUGGGGGAAAGGAUGACUCUGUGCUACAGUACGUGGUCAACAACUCACUGAGGGAGCAUCCAGUCCUCACUAAACUCAAACUCAAAACUCUUGAAGAUCGAUGGAGCAUCAUGAUGGUUGCUGUUGAACAGGCCCAGUUAAUGGCUAAUCUGAUCCGACUAAUCAAUGGAACCAAAGCUAUUGAAAUAGGGAUGUACACAGGUUAUAACGCGCUGAGCAUGGCUUUGGCAAUGCCAGACAACGGACAUGUAGUCGCAUGUGAAAUAGAAGAAACCUACAUAGAGAUUGGAAAACCAUUUUUUAGAGAGGCUGGAGUCGAAGAAAAGAUUGAUAUUCGUCAUCAAACAGCCUUGAAGACACUGGAUGACCUGAUAGAGGCCGGUGAAGCUGGGAUGUAUGACUUUGUGUUCAUAGAUGCUGAUAAAUCCAACUAUGACAGAUACUAUGAGAAGUCACUUGAACUCAUCCGGACAGGAGGCAUCAUCGCUAUUGACAACGUGCUGUGGAGUGGAAGGGUCAUCAAUCCUGCCCCUGAAGACCUCACCUCCCAGGCUCUGGAUGCCCUUAAUAAGAAAUUACACAAGGACGAGAGGAUUGAUCUGAGCAUGCUCACUGUGGGCGAUGGGCUCACCAUUGCCAUUAAACGCUAA